AUGGCUGAAUUGAAGGCAAGUGAAGCUUGGAUCGACACUGCUAGGAAGUCUACAGACAAGACUCCCCAGGAACUGAAGGCACAAGAGCAAUAUUACGCAAACACCGAGAUUCAAGAGCAUCAGCAUGUCCUCGACACUGAAGACGCUCGUGAUGCUGAACGCAAAUAUAUGAAGAAGUUGAACCUUAUCGUUUUGCCCACAAUCUCGGCCUUGUACUUCUUCGAGUAUUUGGACAGAGGCAAUAUAGCAAAUGCCAAAUUGUUGGGCAUUGAUAAAGGCCAUGACACUCCAGACAACGGUGUUGGCCCAGGAACCCAGGAACUGUCCUCGACGCAGUGGCAAACGGUGAUCAUGAUCUUCUACGUUGGCCUCAUUCUAUUCCAGGUUCCCGGUUGUAUCGGUUACCGGGUCUUUCCGCCUUCCAAGUGGAUCGCUUUUGGAGUCUGCGGCUGGUGCGCAGUCUGCGUGCUUCAAACAGUGGCAUUUAAUUGGGCCGCUUUGCUCGUUUGUCGAGUAUUCCUCGGUGUUUUUGAGGGACUUUUCGGUACUGGAAUCGUCUACUACCUGAGCAUUUGGUACCACCGUGAUGAACUCGGUAUACGGGUUUUCUGGUUUCUUGGACCGACAGCCAUUGCAGGGCAAGAAUACACAAACGCCCAAUCCUUUUGGAGAUUGUUAACCAUCGGCCAUAUUCAGUCCAGCGUUCAGCAAUGGAAGCUUCUUUUCAUAAUUGAGGGUAUCCCCGGUUUCUGCCUUGGUCUUUUCUGCCUCUAUUGGCUACCUGAUCGGCCAACGAAGAAUUCGAGAUUCAAAGGCAUACUGCAGAAGGUUGCACUUGCUCGUUAUUGGAGGGAGACCACGGACCAAAAUCCUGGUAUCAGCAAGAAGCAUUUUAUGCUAGCUCUGACCGAUUGGAGACUUUAUGUCCAAGCGGCGAUAUAUGUCCCUACGGCCGCGUUGUUGUCCUCAAUCUCGGGAUUUCUGCCCUCAAUUGUCAGAAGCUUGGGGUACAAGGCUACAACUUCUGCAAACCUGAUGACUGUUCCACCAUAUGCAUGUGCGUUUGCGUUGAUGUAUGUCACAUCAUGGCUCUCGGACCGAUAUCGAAGCCGAGGAAUUCCGAUUUUCAUUCUUUCCUCUACUGCAGCUGUGAUGUAUGCUUGUCUCGCGAAUUUGGACAAUAAUCAUUUAUCUGCAAAAUAUGGCUGCAUGUGCAUCGCUGUCGCAUGUGUCUACGCAACUUAUCCUCCAAGUCAUGCAUGGGCUGCGAACAAUUUUGGCAACGAAACCAAAAGAGCUGUUGGAAUGGGCGCGUAUACUGCGAUGGGGAAUCUAGGCUCAAUAGCGGGCUCGUUCUUUUAUCCCUCUACCGAUGCGCCGCAGUAUCGGAAAGGACAUUAUCUGUGUUUUGCAAUGUCGAUUGCAACCGCAGUUAUAACAUUGGCAAAUACCAUGACACUCCACCGGAUUAACCGUCAACGCGAUCGACAAUACGGGACACCGCAAAAAGGACAGUCUAUCGAUGUUUCAGAAGACGCCGACGCCAACCCGAUGUUCCGCUACAUGAUCUAA